AUGGACACCCCAGCAGCAAAUACCGUCCUGUUCUGCCCAUCGAAAAUCGGCAAUGGAAUCAUCUCCAACAGGAUUAUCAUGGCACCCAUGGCGAGACUUCGAAACUGUAGGCUACAUGUCCCGCUAGUCUCCAUGGUGCCGGCGUAUUUCGCUGGGGGCGCCAGCUAUCCGGGGACACUUGCCAUUUCCGAGAUGGCAAUAAUAUCACCCCGCGCCUACGACUACCCGCAUCCUCCGGGAAUCUGGACAAAUGAGCAAGUUGCGGCCUGGAAAGCGGUCACGGCCACUGUUCAUGCUCAGGGGUCACAUAUCUAUCUUCAGAUUGGGGCUCUUGGCCGCGCUGCGCAUCCUCUUGUGUUUGAAGAAGAUGUAGCCCUGUUUGGCUUGUCAAAAGACUCAAUCCAAUUUGCUGCUUCAAGCUUGAUACCCUACAGCAAAGAUCAUCCUAUUCCGGUAGAGUUGACAACAGAAGAAAUCAAAGCUCUGAUAAAAAUUUUUGCAACAGCGGCACGGCGUGCUGUGAAUGAUGCUGACUUUGUGUUUAUCCAAGACACGGCCAACCAGCGGGCAGAAUCCUACAGCGGCAACGUUGAGAACCGUUCUCAGUUUACAGUUGAGGCUAUGCGCGCGGUUGUCGAUGCUCAGCUCCGUAAUUUGAAACUUGCAUAUUUGCAUCUGGUUGCACCUUAUGCAGCUCGUUAUACCAACAACACAGUCGCCCGCCACGGCGAUAGUAACGAUAUUCUCAUCCGCAUGUGGAGGAAGACGAGCCCAGUAAUCUUGAAUCAUGGGUUCGAUGCAAUAAUUGCCUGCAAGGCCAUUGAGAAAUAUAUCGGGAUAUUGGACAUUGCCGUGGCUAUGAGCGCGCCUUUCAUGUCGAAUCCAGAUCUGAUUUAUCGGAUUAAGAGGGAAUCCCCCUUGUGCCUCCAGAUCAGUCCGAGUCGCACUCAGCUAUGGACCCAGAUGGGUACAUUAUGUAUUCCCUUUCAGAUGAGUGGAGGACAGAACAAGAGGCUCUACGACGCGGGACAAGGUUUACCAUAA